CGGCCCCCUCCCCCGCCAUGAAGAAGCUGUGGGUGAAGAAGCGUUUCCAGAAAACCGGCCAUUCCCGCCGGGCCUUUGGCCGCCUCACCCAUGGUGCGUGGACUUUGGGCAUCCUGACCUUAACCUCAUGCCCAUCCCUUCUCUUGGGCCAUGUCCCUUCGAGAGGCAUCAAGGCCCUGAAGACAGCCAUGAGAUCUGGCCUCCCCGUCCCCCCCCCACCUCCCACUCAUCCACCCACUCAGGAAGUCCCCCUGUGCCUUACAACCAAGAGGAGACUUGGAAAUGGGGAGGGGCUCCCUGGCACACCCUGCUGCAGCCAGGGCUCCCUGUUCUCCAUCUGUGGAGCCAAGCGCACAGGAGCUCGCUGCCCUGCUUUGGCAGUCGGUAUAUAGCUCCUGCCUAUUGUGGCCCCCAGAGGGAAACUGAGGCACAGAACCUGCUGGACUCUGGGGAAGUUGAAUGCUUUUUUUUUUUUUCCUGCUUAACCCCUGGGUAUUUUUGAGGGCCAUUCAGCAGAAGAGAGGGAUCUUGGGGAAGGUGCCUGUCACAUCAGGGUGCAAAUGGGGUGGGCUGGUUUUUGAGCUAGGCAGGGUUAAGUACAUUGCAAAUAUUGUAACAGAGGGCUGGCCUGACCCAUAACGGGAGGCCCAGGUCUGUGGCUGGGUUGGACACAAAGAGCAGUGUGUGUGUGUGUGUGUAUGUCUGGCCAGUGGGAGCAUAAAGCAAUGCCAAGGGUGCCAGAAUCUUGGGGAUAGUUGGGAAAACCAAUGCAGAUAUGUGGGCUCCUCAGUGCUGGGCACAGCCCAGGUAUCUCUCCCAACCCGUUCCCACAGGGCAUCUGGGCACUCCUCUGUCCUGCCUGCCCUCCAUGCCCUACCCACAAACGCUCUGAUAACAGUCUGUCCAUGUCUCUCUCCUGCUGCUCCUAUGGAAGCGAAGUUUUCCGCUCCUGCAGAAAGCAAAGUUACGACUCGGAGACGGCUGAGGAUGACAUCAGCGAUGUGCAGGGGACCCAGCGCCUGGAGCUGCGGGAUGACGGGGCCUUCAGCACCCCCACGGGGGGCUCUGACACCCUGGUGGGCACCUCCCUGGACACACCCCCGACCUCCGUGACAGGCACCUCGGAGGAGCAAGUGAGCUGGUGGGGCAGCGGGCAGACGGUCCUGGAGCAGGAAGCGGGCAGUGGGGGUGGCACCCGCCGCCUCCCAGGCAGCCCAAGGCAAGCACAGGCUACCGGGGCCGGGCCACGGCACCUGGGGGUGGAGCCGCUGGUGCGGGCGUCUCGAGCUAAUCUGGUGGGCGCAAGCUGGGGGUCAGAGGAUAGCCUUUCCGUGGCCAGUGACCUGUACGGCAGCGCGUUCAGUCUGUACAGAGGACGAGCGCUCUCGAUCCACGUCAGCGUUCCUCAGAGUGGACUGCACAGGGAAGAAGUUGACCUUCAGCCACAGCCUCAGCCGGCCAGCGAAGUCCCGCGUCCUCGGCCGGCCCCUCCGCCCCCGUCCAAAUCCGCGCUGCUCCCCCCACCGUCCCCUCGGGUGGGGAAGCGGUCUCCGCCGGGAGCCGGUGCCCAGCCCCCGGCCGCCCCCACACCGCCCCACCGGCGCACUAAGGAGCCUGCGCCGCCCGAGGACGCCACCGCCGAAGAGAAGCGAGGGAAAAAAUCCAAGUCGUCCGGGCCCUCACUGGCGGGCACGGCGGAGUCCCGGCCCCAGACGCCCCUGAGCGAGGCCUCGGGCCGCCUGUCGGCGCUGGGCCGCUCGCCCAGGCUGGUGCGCGCGGGCUCCCGCAUCCUGGACAAGCUGCAGUUCUUCGAGGAGCGCCGGCGCAGCCUGGAGCGCAGCGACUCGCCGCCGGCACCCCUGCGACCCUGGGUACCUCUGCGAAAGGCUCGCUCGCUGGAUCAGCCCAAGUCCGAGGGCGACGCACCUUGGGGCACGCCCGGCGCCUCGCAGGAGGAGCUGCGGUCACCCCGGGGCAGCGUGGCCGAGCGGCGCCGUCUGUUCCAGCAAAAGGCGGCCUCGUUGGACGAGCGCACGCGGCAGCGCAGUCCGGCCUCCGACCUCGAGCUGCGCUUUGCCCAGGAGCUGGGCCGCAUCCGCCGCUCCACGUCGCGGGAGGAGCUGGUGCGCUCGCACGAGUCCCUGCGCGCCACCCUGCAGCGCGCGCCAUCCCCUCGAGAGCCCGGCGAGCCCCCACUCUUCUCCCGGCCGUCCACCCCCAAGACCCCGCGGGCCGUGAGCCCUGCCACCGCUCAGACGCCCCCUCCGAGCGUCGCGGCGAGGCCCGGGGAUGAGGCUGGGAGGCCCCGGAGCCGAGGGCCAGGGGGCAGGACGGAGCCCGGGGAAGGCCCGCAGCAGGAGGUUAGGCGGCGGGACCAGUUCCCGCUGACCCGGAGCAGAGCCAUCCAGGAGUGCAGGAGCCCCGUGCCGCCCCCUGCCGUCGAUCCCCCCGAGGUCAGGACGAAAACCCCCUCGGGUCGGAAGCGGGAGCCCCCAGCACAGGCUGUGCGCUUCCUGCCCUGGGCCACGCCGGGGCUGGAGGAGGCUGCGGUGCCCCAGACCUUGGAGAAGAACCGGGCGGGGCCUGAGGCUGAGAAGAGGCUGCGCCGAGGACCUGAGGAGGACGGUCCCUGGGGGCCCUGGGACCGCAGAGGGGCGCGAAGCCAGGGCAAAGGUCGCCGGGCCCGACCCACGUCCCCUGACCUCGAGUCUUCGGACGAUUCCUACGUGUCUGCUGGAGAGGAGCCGCUGGAGGCCCCGCUGUUUGAGAUCCCCCUGCAGAAUGUGGUGGUGGCGCCAGGGGCCGACGUGCUGCUCAAGUGCAUUGUCACCGCCAACCCCCCGCCCCAAGUGUCCUGGCACAAGGAUGGGUCAGCUCUGCACAGUGAGGGCCGCCUUCUCAUCCGUGCCGAGGGCGAGCGACAUACGCUGCUGCUCAGGGAAGCCCGAGUGGCUGACGCCGGGAGCUACACAGCCACUGCCACCAACGAGCUGGGCCAGGCCAGCUGUGCCGCCGCACUGGCCGUGAGACCUGGUGGGUCCUCAUCCCCUUUCAGCAGCCCCAUCACCUCCGAUGAGGAGUACCUGAGCCCCCCGGAGGAGUUCCCAGAGCCUGGAGAGACCUGGCCCCGCACCCCCACCAUGAAGCUCAGUCCCAGCCAGAACCGCCGUGCUUCCGACAGCGGCUGCAAGGCACCCCCCACCUUCAAGGUCUCACUCAUGGACCAGUCAGUGCGAGAAGGCCAGGAUGUCGUCAUGAGCAUCCGCGUGCAGGGGGAGCCCAAGCCGGUGGUGUCCUGGCUGAGAAACCGGCAGCCCGUGCGCCCCGACCAGCGGCGCUUCGCGGAGGAGGCCGAGGGCGGGCUGUGCCGGCUGCGGAUCCUGGCUGCCGAGCGGGGCGAUGCUGGCUUCUACACCUGCAAAGCCGUCAAUGAGUACGGUGCCCGGCAGUGCGAAGCCCGCCUGGAGGUCCGAGCACACCCUGAAAGCCGGUCCCUGGCCGUGCUGGCCCCCCUGCAGGACGUGGACGUGGGGGCCGGCGAGAUGGCGCUGUUUGAGUGCCUGGUGGCAGGUCCCACCGACGUCGAGGUGGACUGGCUGUGCCGUGGCCGCCUGCUGCAGCCUGCGCUCCUCAAAUGCAAGAUGCAUUUCGACGGCCGCAAAUGCAAGCUGCUGCUCACCUCUGUGCAUGAGGACGACAGCGGCGUGUACACCUGCAAACUCAGCACGGCCAAAGAUGAGCUGACCUGCAGCGCCCGGCUGAGCGUGCGGCCCUCCCUGGCUCCCCUGUUCACGCGGCAGCUGGAGGACGUGGAGGUGCUCGAGGGCCGCGCCGCCCGCUUUGACUGCAAGGUCAGCGGCACCCCACCCCCCACCGUGGCCUGGACUCAUUUUGGCCGCCCCGUGGAGGAGAGCGAGAACGUGCGGCUGCGGCAGGAUGGAGGCCUGCACUCCCUGCACAUCGCCCACGUGGGCAGUGAGGACGAGGGGCUGUAUGCAGUCAGUGCCACCAACACCCACGGCCAGGCCCACAGCUCAGCCCAGCUCUACGUGGAGGAGCCUCGGACAGCCGCCUCAGGCCCCAGCUCGAAGCUGGAGAAGAUGCCGUCCAUCCCGGAGGAGCCGGAGCAGGGCGAGCUGGAGCGGCUGUCCAUCCCCGACUUCCUGCGGCCGCUGCAGGACCUGGAGGUGGGGCUGGCCAAGGAGGCCGUCCUGGAGUGCCAGGUGACCGGCCUGCCCUACCCCACCAUCAGCUGGUUCCACAACGGCCACCGCAUCCAGAGCGGCGACGACCGGCGCAUGACGCAGUACAGGGACGUGCAUCGCUUGGUGUUCCCGGCCGUGGGGCCACAGCAUGCCGGAGUCUACAAGAGCGUCAUCUCCAACAAGCUGGGCAAAGCUGCCUGCUAUGCCCACCUGUACGUCACAGAUGUGGUUCCAGGCCCCCCCGAUGGUGCCCCGCAGGUGGUGGCUGUGACCGGGAGGAUGGUCACGCUCAUGUGGAACCCGCCCAGGAGUCUGGACAUGGCCAUCGACCCAGACUCCCUGAUGUACACCGUGCAGCACCAGGUGCUGGGCACCGACCAGUGGACAGUGCUGGCCACAGGCCUGCGGGAGCCAGGGUGGGCGGCCACGGGGCUGCGGAAAGGGGUCCAGCACAUCUUCAGGGUCCUCAGCAUAGCUGGCAAGAGCAGCAGCAAGCCCUCACCGCCCUCGGAGCCCGUGCAGUUACUGGAGCGAGGCCCGCCCCUGGAGGAGGCCCCCGCUGUGCUGGACAGACCAGACGUUGUGUAUGUGGUAGAGGGACAGCCUGCCAGUGUCACUGUCACCUUCAACCGUGUGGAGGCCCAGGUCGUCUGGAGGAGCUGCCGAGGGGCCCUCCUGGAGGCCCGGGCAGGGGUGUACGAGCUGACCCAGCCGGAUGAUGACCAGUACUGUCUUCGGAUCUGCCGGGUGAGCCGCCGGGACCUGGGGCCCCUCACCUGCACUGCCCGCAACCGCCACGGCACGCAGGCCUGCUCGGUCACCCUGGAGCUGGCAGAGGCGCCUCGGUUUGAGUCCAUCAUGGAGGACGUGGAGGUGGGGGCCGGGGAGACGGCCCGCUUUGCCGUGGUGGUCGAGGGGAAACCCCUGCCGGACAUCAUGUGGUACAAGGACGAGGUGCUGCUGGCCGAGAGCAACCAUGUGAGCUUUGUGUACGAGGAGAAUGAGUGCUCCCUGGUGGUGCUCAGCACGGGGGCCCAGGACGGGGGUGUGUACACCUGCACGGCCCGGAACCUGGCAGGCGAAGUCUCCUGCAAAGCAGAGCUGACCGUGCAGUCAGCUCAGCCAGCCAUGGAGGUCGAGGGGGUCGGGGAAGACGAGGAGCACCGGGGGCGGAGACUCAGCGACUUCUAUGACAUCCACCAGGAGAUCGGCAGGGGCGCCUUCUCCUACCUGCGUCGCGUGGUGGAGCGCAGCUCUGGCCUGGAGUUUGCUGCCAAGUUCAUCCCCAGCCAGGCCAAACCCAAGGCGUCAGCCCGGCGCGAGGCCCGGCUGCUGGCUCGGCUCCAGCACGACUGUGUCCUCUACUUCCAUGAGGCCUUCGAGAGGCGCCGGGGACUGGUCAUUGUCACCGAGCUCUGCACAGAGGAGCUGCUGGAGCGAAUGGCCAGGAAGCCCACCGUGUGUGAGUCUGAGAUCCGGGCCUAUAUGCGGCAGGUGCUGGAGGGAAUUUGCUACCUGCACCAGAGCCACGUGCUGCACCUGGAUGUCAAGCCUGAGAACCUGCUGGUGUGGGACGGGGCCGAGGGGGAAGAGCAGGUGCGCAUCUGUGACUUCGGGAACGCCCAGGAGCUGACUCCAGGGGAGCCCCAGUACUGCCACUACGGCACACCUGAGUUCGUGGCACCCGAGAUCGUCAACCAGAGCCCAGUGUCUGGAGUCACAGACAUCUGGCCCGUGGGCGUUGUUGCCUUCCUCUGCCUGACCGGCAUCUCCCCAUUUGUGGGGGAGAACGAUCGCACGACCCUCAUGAACAUCCGGAACUACAACGUGGCCUUCGAGGAGAACACGUUCCUGAGCCUGAGCCGGGAGGCCCGGGCCUUCCUAAUCAAAGUGCUGGUGCAGGACCGGCUGCGACCUACCGCGGAGGAGACCCUGGAGCAUCCCUGGUUCAAAACCCAGGCAAAGGGCGCAGAGGUGAGCACGGAUCACCUGAAGCUCUUCCUGUCCCGCCGGCGGUGGCAGCGCUCACAGAUCAGCUACAAGUGCCACCUGGUGCUGCGCCCCAUCUCCGAGCUGCUGCGGGCGCCCCCGGAGCGGGUGUGGGUGGCCAUGCCUCGCAGGCCACUCCCCAGCGGGGGUCUCUCAUCUUCCUCGGACUCCGAAGAGGAGGAGCUGGAAGAACUGCCCUCCGUGCCACGCCCCCUGCAGCCGGAGUUUUCGGGUUCCCGGGUGUCCCUCACCGACAUUCCUACCGAGGAUGAGGCCCUGGGGACCCCAGAGGCUGGGGCUACGGCCACCCCCAUGGACUGGCAAGAGCAAGGAAGGGCUCCCGCUCCUGACGAGGAGGUCUCCAGCCCUCAGGCCCUCCCCUCCCCAGGCCUCGAGCCCCCGGCUGGGACCAGCCCCAGGCGAGGAGAGCUCCGCAGGGGCAGCUCUGCCGAGAGCGCCCUGCCCCGAGCCGGGCCGCGGGAGCCGGGCCGGGGCCUGCACAAGGCGGCGUCUGUGGAGCUGCCGCAGCGCCGCAGCCCCAGCCCGGGGGCCACCCGCCUGGCCCGGGCAGGCCUGGGGGAGGGUGAGUACGCCCAGAGGCUGCAGGCUCUGCGCCAGCGGCUGCUGCGCGGAGGUCCCGAGGGCGGCAAGGUCAGCGGCCUCAGGGGCCCCCUGCUGGAGAGCCUGGGGGGCCGUGCCCGGGACCCCCGAAUGGCGCGAGCCGCCUCCAGCGAAGCAGCGCCCCAGCACCAGCCCCCGCCCGAGACCCGGGGCCUGCAAAAGAGCAGUAGCUUCUCACAGGGGGAGGCGGAGCCCCGGGGUCGGCACCGCCGCGCGGGGGCGCCGCUCGAAAUCCCCGUGGCCAGGCUCGGGGCCCGCAGGCUGCAGGAGUCCCCCUCCCUGUCUGCCCUCAGCGAGGCGCAGCCAUCCAGCCCGGUGCGGCCCAGCACCCCUAAAUCUGGCGCCCCCAAGCCUGCAGAGCCUUCUGCCACCGAGCCCAGUGAUGCGCCCCAGCCCUCAGCACCCCAGCCUGCCCAGAGGGCCCCAGAGCCCAGGCCCGAAGCAGUCAGGGUCUCCAAGCCCUCGCAGCCCCCCGUGGCCCUGCAAACCCCAGCGCUGCCCCUCACGCCGUAUGCCCAGAUCAUGCAGUCGCUCCAGCUGUCCGGCCACGCUCAGGGCGCCCCGCAGGGCCCUGCCGCGCCUCCUGCCGAGCCCAAGCCCCACGAGGCCGUGUUCGCCAGGGUGGCCUCCCCGCCCCCGGCAGCCCUCGAGAAGCGCGUGCCUUCAGCCGGGGCUCCCUCGGCGCUCAUCGAGAAAGCGCCGGUCCCCACGGUGCCGCCCAGACCAGGCAGCAGCCUCAGCGGGAGCAUCGAGAACGUAGAAUCAGAGGCCGUGUUCGAGGCCAAGUUCAAGCGCAGCCGCGAGUCGCCCCUGUCGCGGGGGCUGCGGCUGCUGAGCCGCUCGCGCUCGGAGGAGCGCGGCCCCUUCCGCGGGGGCGAGGAGGAAGACGGCAUAUACCGGCCCAGCCCAGCGGGCACCCCGCUGGAGCUGGUGCGACGGCCCGAGCGCUCGCGCUCCGUGCAGGACCUCAGGGCUGUCGGGGAGCCUGGCCUCGUGCGCCGCCUCUCGCUGUCUCUGUCCCAGCGGCUGCGGCGGACCCCGCCCGCGCAGCGCCACCCGGCCUGGGAGGCGCGCGGCGGGGACGGGGAGAGCUCGGAGGGCGGCAGCUCGGCGCGGGGCUCCCCGGUGCUGGCGGUGCGCAGGAGGCUCAGCUCCACGCUGGAGCGGCUGUCCAGCCGGUUGCAGCGCAGCGGCAGCAGCGAGGACUCGGGCGGCGCGUCUGGCCGCAGCACGCCGCUCUUCGGACGGCUGCGUAGGGCCACGUCCGAGAGCGAGAGUCUGCGGCGCCUCGGGCUCCCGCACAACCAGCUGGCUGCUCAGGCCGGGGCCGCCACUCCCUCGGCAGAGUCUCUGGGCUCGGAGGCCAGCGCCACGUCGGGCUCCUCAGCUCCAGGCGAAAGCCGCAGCAGGCGCCGCUGGGGUCUCUCGCGGCUGCGGAAGGACAAGGGUUUAUCCCAGCCAAACCUGACUGCCAGCGUCCAGGAGGACUUGGGUCACCCGUACGUGCGUAGUGAGUCAGACUUCCCCCCAGUCUUCCACAUCAAACUCAAGGACCAGGUGCUGCUGGAGGGAGAGGCAGCCACCCUGCUCUGCCUGCCCGCGGCCUGCCCUGCACCCCGCAUCUCCUGGAUGAAAGACAAGCAGUCCCUGCACUCGGAGCCCUCAGUGGUCAUCGUGUCCUGCAAAGAUGGGCGGCAGCUGUUAAGCAUCCCCCGAGCGGGCAAGCGCCAUGCCGGCCUCUACGAGUGCUCAGCCACCAACAUCUUAGGCAGCAUCACCAGCUCCUGCACCGUCGCCGUGGCCCGUGUCCCAGGGAAGCUGGCUCCUCCAGAGGUGCCCCAGACCUACCAGGACACGGCACUGGUGCUAUGGAAGCCGGGAGACAGCCGGGCCCCUUGCACGUACACAUUGGAGCGGCGGGUGGAUGGGGAGUCUGCUUGGCACCCCGUGAGCUCAGGCAUCCCCGACUGUUACUACAACGUGACGCACCUGCCCGUCGGCAUGACCGUGAGGUUCCGGGUGGCCUGUGCCAAUCGUGCCGGGCAGGGGCCCUUCAGCAACCCUUCCGAGAGGGUCCUCAUCAGGGGCACUCAAGAGUCUCCAGCUCUGCCGUCUGCUGUCCACCAAGACGCCCCUGUUACCUCAGGGCCAGCCAGGGCCCCGCCUUCUGACUCUCCUACCUCACUGGCCCCUACCCCAGUGCCCCCGUCAGUCACUCUCAGCCCCCCAUCUGCACCCACCUCUCCCAACCAGACCUUGUCCUCGCUCAAGGCUGCGGGUCCACCACCCCAAACCCCACCACGAAAGCACAGGGGCCUGCAGGCCACCCGGCAAGCAGAGCCCACUCCAUCCAGCACCCAGGUCACCCCAAGUGAGCCCAAGCCUUCAGUCCCUGACGCUGGGAGCCCGACCCCAGCCCCCACCCCUCAAGGGGCUAAACCAGCGUCUUCCCGUACUCCGCUCUAUAUGGUCACUUCCUUUGUGUCUGCACCCCCAGCCCCUGAGCCCCCAGCCCCUGAGCCCCCUCCUGAGCCCAUCAAGGUGACCGUGCGAAGCCUCAGCCCGGCCAAGGAGGUGGUGGGCUCCCCGGGGGGCGGUCCUCCCAGCUCUCCCAGGCCCGAGGGCACCGCUCUCCGACAGGGCCUCCCGCAGAAGCCCUACACCUUUCUGGAGGAGAAGGCCAGGGGUCGCUUUGGUGUCGUGCGGGCGUGCCGGGAGAAUGCCACAGGCCGAACGUUUGUGGCCAAGAUUGUGCCCUACGCGGCUGAGGGCAAGCGGCGGGUCCUGCAGGAGUACGAAGUGCUGCGGACGCUGCACCACGAGCGGCUCAUGGCCCUGCACGAGGCCUACAUCACCCCUCGCUACCUCGUGCUCAUCGCAGAGAGCUGCGGCAACCGGGAGCUCCUCUGCGGCCUCAGCGACAGGUUCCGGUAUUCAGAAGAUGAUGUGGCCACCUACGUGGUACAGCUGCUGCAAGGCCUGGACUACCUCCAUGGCCGCCACGUACUACACCUGGACAUCAAACCGGACAACCUGCUGCUGGCCCCUGACAAUGCCCUCAAGAUCGUGGACUUCGGCAGUGCCCAGCCCUACAACCCCCAGGCCCUGCGCCCCCUUGGCCACCGCACCGGCACGCUGGAGUUCAUGGCUCCUGAGAUGGUGAAGGGAGAUCCCAUAGGCUCUGCGACGGACAUCUGGGGAGCAGGUGUGCUCACCUACAUCAUGCUCAGUGGACACUCCCCCUUCUAUGAGCCAGACCCCCAGGAAACAGAGGCUCGGAUUGUGGGGGGCCGCUUUGAUGCCUUCCAGCUGUACCCCAACACAUCCCAGAGCGCCACCCUCUUCUUGCGCAAGGUUCUCUCAGUACAUCCCUGGAGCCGGCCCUCCCUGCAGGACUGCCUGGCCCACCCCUGGCUGCAGGACGCCUACCUGAUGAAGCUGCGCCGCCAGACGCUCACGUUCACCACCAACCGGCUCAAGGAAUUCCUGGGCGAGCAGCGGCGCCGCCGGGCCGAGGCCGCCACCCGCCACAAGGUGCUGCUCCGAUCCUACCCUGGCAGCCCCUAGCGAGGGAGCGAGCGAGCAAGAGGCACGGACCACAGCCCAGCCUGGGGCUCCCACUCGGGCUUCCCCACCCACGCCGCGGGACAUUCCAGGGCCCACGCUGAGCCGGAAUACCACCAGCAGCAGCCUCUGGCCAGGCUAUUACCUCACGGACCUGCACCUGGGGGGACAGAGGCCCCCAGGGCUGUGGCCUGAUGCCACCCCUGGUCAGAGCCACAGCAGAAGACCCAUUGGCCAGGCUGGGCAGGGGAGGGAACAGGAAGAGGGGCAAGAAGGGAAUGGAAGGUGAAGAGGAAAAGACACGGAGGGGGAGGGGGGGAAGACUCCAGGAGGGCUCCAGGGGUGGAGGGGCAGGCAGUGCAUCUCAGGGAGAACCAGGGAGGGCGGACAAGGCCGGAGAGGAGCAAGAGGAGGGGGCCCAGGUAUCAGGGCAGCGGGCUGGCAGCAAGUAUGGAUGGAGCAGGGCGCAGGACACAGAGAUGGUGCCAGGAAGCCAGAGCCAGGAUGUGAGGGUGGGAAGGUGGGUGAGGAGAGGGGCCUCGGGUAGGGGCAGGUGGGCCAGCUGCAGGCAUCCCCGAAAGUGAAGACACAGAGGGCCGGGGCAAGUGGCCCCUCCGCCUGGAUCUCUCGUCCUGGGCCGUGGAUGCAGCUUUGGGCACCCUGCCGGCCCGAGGAUGUCCCCACCACCCCUCCAUGGCCUUUGCCCUUCUUCCCAUUCGUAUUUAUUUAUUUAUUGACUUUCAUGAAGUUUUCCCUUCCAUCCAAUCCCAGUGGCCCGUGUUGUCCUGCCCUUCCUCCCCCGCCCUGCCCCCGCCGCCAUCCAGCUGUCUCUGCAGCUCUCUGUCUGUCUGUCACAAGGAGAAUAAAAACAGCAA